GUACUUUUUCCAUCAAUAUUAAGGAAUAAUUCAAAACGAGCGUCUUUAUCUUUCUGGAAAGUUACUUGUAAGUUAGUUUGUCUUAUUUCAAGUGUACUGAGAUAUUUGUACUAGAAAUUAGAUCAAAAAUACUUGAAUUAUGGCCUCUGACCUUAACUAAAGGCAGGAGCUUUAAAUGCUGUUCAAGGUGGGACUGUGCAAUAUGACCUAAAAGAUCUAUUUCAAUAUAUUUGAGCUUCAUCUCAUCACGUAGACUGUGAUAUUUAUGGUUAGGCACAUUAACCAGGUGAAUACACUUGGAUAAAAACUCAACCAGCUAUGUGACUAAUAAUCUGAGUGGCUCUACUGACAACUGAGGUUGAAUAAUGUAUUUAAGAUGACAUCAGUCCGCAGCAGAGAUCGGAAUAAAAGCUAGAAUAAACAUAAUCAAACGCAGUUCUAUCCAGUUCUAACAAGUUCUAUAAAGAGGACUAAAUAUUGCUGCAGAAACUUAUAUAGAUGUUAGCAAGAUGAACAGAACAUCUUGUCUGCCGCUUUAACCAUUUUAUAUUGUGAAGAGGUGAUGGACUCCUACUGAAAGCUAUCUUUACCAACCUCAGAUCCAGCUGGCGUUACAUCACUACCUGUACGCGGAGUUACGCUCCUGAACUCUAUAAAUAAUAAACCAUGUAAAGUUAGAACCUGUAGAGGGGUUUUUUUCCGCUUUUUUUUUCUCUUUCAAGAUGUAAUCCACACUUCCCCUUAAAAACUGAUAUGGCAUCGAGGGCUGAUCUAAGACUGGCUGAGGUGUUUCCGAUGGGUCAGAAGGGUCCUGACAUCACCUGGUGUGGUUCACGUGGAGCUCCUGAUGACAAUUAAGCUCUUCUUCCUCACAAACGUGACACGCGCGCAGCAGAUUAAAAACGCUGAACUUAGUCAAUGCAGGAACAAUUAAUUUCUACAGUACUGUUAGUAGGGGACAUGGCAACCACGGCGCUGCUCACAUUCAUUGUUGCUCCACACCCUCACGUCCACCGGGAGGACUUAGGAGAGAUGGUGCGAAAGCUGAGAGUUUCCUGCCACGCUCCUAAUGAGCGCGGCAUGUGAGAGUCAUUCCCUUUGAGUGCUACGAAAGAAAUAUGCCCAACGAGAUGAUGUUUCUCUCACCAUGUUUAAUUUAUGCCAGUGUGUCUGGAGGGGCACCUGAUCAGACAACAAAGGACUUGGGCAGAGAAAAGUGUCUGCACAACGACGUGGAACAGCAUGAAUGCAUUUGGCGAUGGAAUCUUACUGAUCUGGAAGACACACAUAGGCUAGAAAAGGAGUAUCGGCUCAGUAUGAUAAAACGCGGCUCCCUGUGGGUAACGAGUCGAGAAACCCUCCCGUCUUUGACGAGGAUGGAGAGCUGGUCGUCAAGUCCCGUCAUUUCCAUUAUGGGAUUUUUAAUUGCGUCAACCCUUGUAUCCUCUCGGGGCAAGUUUUCUUGUUUCGACAACAGCUUCACCAAUAGAUUUGAGUCUCAAUGGCCAGAGGCGGUGCUAGCCUCUUUGGCGGCCUGGGCGAACCGCCUUUCCUUUAUGUUAUUCUGCAUACCAUUAUUCUGUGAGGGUCAGUUGGAGUCCAGUAAGCGAGAUGAUCAGACCUACCUCCUGUGUCGUCCUUCUCACUCCUCCACAUUUGGUGACCCGAAGGCAAACAGGUCGAGGUUUAAUGGUAAAACCAGCUCCUCUCAGGGCACGCCUGCUACUGGGGAACCUCUGCUGGUGUCCCUGGUUUCUUUUUCUGGGGCUGUUAAGAUCCCAGAUAUUUGGCUGCAUAAUGCACCUUCAUGGUUUGUCCACCAAAUUUGCUCUUCGUGGGAUUUCCUCUGAUGACACAAGGAGCAGUUAUGUGGUCGCCUUGCUGGAUCCGCUGUCCACCGGGGAAUGAUGACCUUGCCUCCGAUUUAUUGACCAGCCGAUUUAGCCUUAAUUUUGGGAGAUUGGUGAUCAGCCGAUACUUACAUGUGAAGCCGAUCUUAUCCCCCGAUCUCAUCUACUUUGGCAAAGGCCUACAAAUUAACCACUGUCCUCUUCUACUCUCUCGUGAGAGGGGUUUGACUGAUAAACUGGCCCACCAGGUCACGUGUGUACGUUCGCAAUUUCACCCCACUACAGCCAACCCAGUGACUUCCUUGCUAUAUUUAGUGACAUUUCAAACAAACAAAAAAAUUGGAAUCAAUAGGUCAGGCUUUUUAAAGACCGGUAAUUGGCCAGAAAACUACAAUUGGUGCAACCCUAUUUCAAAGUCAGAGCAACUGCUACUAGGACAUAUUAGGGCACUUCAGGUUCUCUUUGCUGACAACCUUCAUAGAGAUACGCUAUUUGUUUGCAGGUUCUAAUACCUGAUGGGGGCCAACAAUACAACCUGGACUUCUGGAACACCUCAGCAGAACCACAGGACCAGCUUCUCUAUUCUCAGCCUGCUCACCACCAUCACCAUCAUCAGGCUAAGAGUUCCUAGUUGAAGUUGCUUCAAGUGUCCUUGCUCCAAGUCCUCAUUUACCUCUGUUUUGAAUAAGUCCACGCAGGACACGCGUGCCUUUGCAUGGAGGUUUAGCUGCGACAAAAGGCAGAAAGCUGCAAGGGCAAAUCCCGGGCGGGAGAGAGGGAAGGAGGGUGGAGCCACGCUGGAACUCUUAACUCCAAAAGGCUUAUUCCCGCUCUCACUACCAAGGUGCCGGGCUCCGCGGUCCGCAGGAACAACCCCCCCAGCAAGGCCAUGCACAGGUUCCGGACUCAGGCCAAGUGAUCGCCAUCGGCAGUAAGAUUCCUUCGCAAAAGGAAAAAUAAAAAUAAAAAUCACCUGGGGGAGGAAAAACAAACAAGAAGAUUAAAUCUCCAUCAGAGGACUUUGGAGAUUAGGCUGCCUGUGUUCGGCAUCUCCGAGCUGCUGACUCGAUGCCGCGGAGGAAAAAAUGACUUGUGACUCGGGCCUCUGAGGGAGCGAUCAUCCGUGUCCGAGCUUUUUUUUUUUUAUAAUUAUUUUUAUUUAUUUAUUUUUUUUAAGUGCCGACAGGCACUAAGCAUGCAGCACCCGCUGGACAUGGGCGCCCACUACUACCCGCCCGACGUCCAGCCGGACCACAGGACUCACCGCUACAGGAGUUUCAUGAUAGAGGAAAUUCUGACGGAUCACCCGGAGCACAAAACGUCAGCGCCGGCCGGAGAGCUGCUCAAGUUCGGGGUGCAGGCUCUUCUGUCCGCCCGGCCGUUUCACAGUCAGCUGGUGCUAAAAGCCGACCAGGCGAACCUCCUCAAGUUCCCCUUGUCCCCGCUGUCCUGCACGCUGGGCUCCGCGCUCGGCUCCCCGCUUCUGUCCGCCGCUCCGGGCCUGCAGGUCGGACCCGCCGGCCACCACCUGCCGCUUGACCUGCACCUGCGCGGGAAGCUGGAGCACGGAGCCGACGGCGGCGGGAAGAGCAAGAAGGGCCGGCGGAGUCGCACCGUGUUCACCGAGCUGCAGCUGAUGGGCCUGGAGAAGCGCUUCGAGAAGCAGAAGUACCUCUCCACCCCGGACAGAAUAGAUUUGGCCGAGUCUUUGGGCCUCAGUCAGCUGCAAGUGAAAACCUGGUACCAGAACAGGAGGAUGAAAUGGAAGAAAAUUGUUCUACAGGGAGGAGGGCUGGAGUCCCCCACCAAGCCAAAAGGCCGACCAAAGAAGAACUCCAUCCCCAGCAGCGAGCAGCUCUCUGAGCAGGAACGACCUGCUGGCGACGCCGACCGUCAGUCCGAGGGGUCAAGCUCUCACUUCGAGAACACACAGGAAGAGUGAAGCAAUUCAGCUGGACUCGUGGAACCGCUGGGACGCUCAGCGCUCCUUUAGGAGAACGCUUCCAAGAGACCUGAUAUGCUCCAGGAAGCAGCCGUGUGGGUUUUUUUUUGCGUUCCCUCAUGAUGAACUUGCUGUUGUUCAGGAAGGAACUCAAACCUUUGCAGUAGGUCUGUUUUCACCUUCUAAGGACCCACUUUUACUCAUCUGUUUUGCAUUCCUUUCUAUGUAACUGUGCUCUGUUUAAUUAUUAAAUAUAUUUUCAGUAA